UGGUGGUAGAAAAGAAAGCACCCAGUUAUUCAAUAAGAGGAUAUAUUUAAUAAGCUCAUAUUCAGAGCCACAGUACACAAUAUCAGGAACAAUACUUCUCAAUAAUCUUACGGUUAAUGAACCUCGAAGUAGAAUUAAUUGAAUAUAAUAUUUGGGAACUUCAGGUGCUUUGCCUGUAUAAAUAAAACAGCUGGGUCCACGUACAAGUAACAAACAAGGAAGUGCCGACCGGGGACAGACCGGACCAUAGGACAGACCACGGCAAGGAUGGCGCUUCGGGCAGUCGGGAAUCGUUUGUGGCACAUUAACAGGAGCUGUCUCAAGACUGUUUCCAUCCAAACACUGGUCGCUGACAGGUUCAAAAGCACCUGUCCAGUUGAAGUGAGUCAUCUGGAUCAUCUGGUUCUAACGGUGAAAAGUAUGCAAGACACUGUCAACUUUUACACCUCAGUCCUUGGCAUGGAGGUCAUCACUUUCAAGGGAAACCGUAAGGCUCUGGGUUUUGGGCAGCAGAAGUUUAACCUUCAUCAGCUGGGUCAGGAGUUUGAACCCAAAGCCAAGUGUCCAACCUCUGGCUCUGCAGACCUGUGCCUUGUAAUGAAAACACCUCUGGCUACAGUAGCGGCUCAUCUGAAGGUCUGUGGAGUCAAGAUAGAGGAGGGUCCAGUGGAAAGGACUGGUGCUGUGGGGACCAUCACCUCCCUUUAUUUUAGAGACCCAGACCAUAAUCUCAUUGAAGUGUCAAACUAUAACCAGUCUGCAUCAGAGGGAACUUCUUAAGACACCUUCGGCUUUGUUUGUGAUUUCACAUAAAUGGCCACAAAAGCUCUUUUUAGCUUGUCCUACUCUGCAUGAUUACACUAUAAAAACAUGUUUAGAGUAAAUGUGCUGUAACCACAGAUGCAGAAUUUUCAGCCUGGGACUGAUAACAUCAGUUGGCUGCACAGAAACUGUUCCUGUGCAGGUUUGCAGGUUUCUAUUUUAAUGAUGUGGAGAAAAGGCUGUUGAAGCACACUCAGUUCUGGGUGGAAAGUGAAAAAGUAUGCACCUAAAGUUGUUACGGUUGUUUACUGAAUACACAUGGGAAGAACUUUUCCUUUAAUCAAAAAAAAGGUAGCACACAACAGUCAUUAUUUUUUCAAUCAAAAUAAAAGGUUGUUCCACCAAAUACUCAA